AUGGCCCUGAGUUUGCCUUUUUGGGGAGUCAAAUUCGCAGUUGCUGUCACUGCCCACGCCUCCCAAAUAACCGACUACGACAAGGUGAAGGACAAGUUUUACGAAAAUCCGCACACUCUCCGGUUGAAUGUACCGAAGGCAAACAAGCUGUUUGUCCUUGGUGAAUUCAACUCCCGCCAGGGGACAGAACAUACUGCCUGGGAGGAAAGUGCGGGUCCAGAUGGAGUCAGUGACUGCAACGAUAACAAGACCGUCUUCCUGCUAACCUGCACAGAACACCGUCUCCUAUUCCAUCUUCCCCUCCUCCUCCCUCUCAUUCUCCUCCUACCCCUCACCUGA